ACAAGGAAGAGCUUGUUGACUAAUUAUAUAUCUAAAUUAAUUUUAGACGUACAUAAAUUUCUUCAGCGAUUUACUGACUUCAAAAUGAUAUAAAGGGUCGGACAUUUUAGUGGAAAAAAGGCAAAUACAUUGUAUAUCCUUAUCUCAAUACAUCCACUUUUCGACCUAUUGUUAGGUAACAAAGGAGCGUGGUUGAAAUAACCAAAGGACAGAAUGGCACUACUUGCGGUCCUCGUUCUAAUAGCGUCCACCACAGCCUUUCUGACGGCAGUUGUCGGUCUUGGUGUACCGGUUUGGAGCGACACGACAAAUGAAGUAGUGGAGACCCAGCAGACCGUCACCACCCACACGUACUCGGGCUUGUGGGCCCAGUGUACGUACAAGGAGAUCAAAGUGUCGGAGAAUUUCAUAUGCAAGUCUUACAUUGAGACUGAUGUCGAAGGGUACACGUCGGCUUUACGCGCAUCCCAAGCGUUCUCCAUCCUCGGCACCGCCAUGGCUGCGACUUGUGUCGUCCUGGCUGUUAUCAAACUUUGCAUCCUGAAAAAUAGCACUACCAUUGCGAAGGUGUUGGCAGUGUGUGCCAUUAUUGGAGCUGUGUUCCUCUUCCUGAGUAUGAUCAUCUACAGUACGAAAGUGUUGAGCGAUAUCAAAGCUACAUUUUCCGGCGACAGCGACCUCACCGCGGGAUUUGCCUUGACCAUCAUCGCAAUAGCGUUGUUGAUUGUUGUUGGAAUCAUCUCAUGUUUUGUAAAAUAAGUGAGUGAAUGUUAGAAAUUAAGCGUAAUAUUAUCUCCUUGAAAGAUGAGUUAUUGUUAGCAUAUUUAUAAUAUAUUUUUUAUUACAGUUACGUCAUUAGUUCACUUGUUUUGUAUAUUUACAGCAUUGAUGCACAUUUUUAAAGCUGCACUCUCAUUGAUGGACCGUUUUGACAACCUUAUUUAUUUUAUUUAUUUGUCUUAGAAUGAGCCGAUUUGUGCGUACAUUUCUGAGAACCUUUGAUAUAAGACUGCUGACAGUUCGCAGUUUUUUCUUUUACGUUUUUAUUUAAGCGUUAGUAACAUUUUUGGCCACAAAACUUCAAUGUUCGAACGUAAAUAUUAAAACCUGUGAUCUGAUAUUUAGUCACCAGUCUUAUUUCACAGGUUUUCAGAUAUUUACGCAAAAUUUGGUUCAUUCAAAGACAAAAACUUUUUUAAUUUAUUUUUUUGGCCAAAACAGUAAAUCUGUGAGAGUGCAGCUUUAAGCAAUAUCUAACACAGUCACCGGCGGCUGCGACCUCAGAGCGGGUUCUGCAUUGACCAGCAUCACAAGAAUUAAUUCGAGGUGGUAUUCGAUAUACAACUUAUGUUUAUCAUACGGUCAUACAUCAUUGACCUCAUUCACUCCGUUGGCCAGUUAUUAAUAACAAGUUAUCCGAUUAGCUACAUCGCUCUUAGAUCUAAUUAAGAUCAAUAUUGAAUACCAGCCCUGGUGUUCAGUAAAAAAGUGUGUGUCUUUUAGAAAUAGGAAUAAUACUAUCUGCUUUAAUGUUGACUUUACAACAGCACUUUUACAAUAUACAUGUAUUAAGACUUAUGUCAAAAGUCAACUUGUAUUGUAUAUUUACUACAUUGCUGCAACGUUUAGAGCGAUUGUAAAUUCAUUUAUUUUUGUAACACCGACCUUAAAUGCUUAUUGACGAUGUCAUCUUGUAGUCGAUACAUAUAUGACUGUUAGCAUUCAACUUAAAGCUGCACUUUCACAAAUUGAAGGUUUUGACAACUUUUUUUUAUUUUUUGUCUUGGAAUGGACCAAGGUUUGCUUGAAUAUCUGCAAACCAGUAAUAUAAGGCUGCUGACAAAAGAUCAGAUCGCAGAGUUUAAUAUUUCCGUUCAAAAAUUAAUGUUUUAUGGCUAAAAGCGUUACUAACGAUUUAAGAAAAAUGCAUUAAACAUCAAUUUUUGAACUUAAUUUUUUUUCAGCACUCUUAUAUCACUUGUUUCCAUGCAUUUUCGCAUAAAUGGGCUCGUUUCAAGACAAACAAUACAAAAAUUGUCAAAACGGUUAAUAUGUGAGAGUGCAGCUUUAAGGAAGCAAUUAGGUGGAACAGGGGUUUUUAGAAUGCCAGUACAAUACUUGUAUAGAUAUACAAGACACAAGAAUAAUCCUAUAGAGACCGCUACGCUCAUUCCGUACAUUCUUUUAUCAUUAAGAUUUUACUUCAUGCCAUCUUUCUAUAACUUAUGAUAUGUAUGCUUCAAAUUGAAAUUUGUGAUUUCGUAUGUUUUUUUUUCCAUAUUCUGGUGGAUCGUAGUAACAGUUUCAUUACGCUCAUUCCGUACAUUCUUAAUCAUUAAGAUUUUACUUCAUGCCAUCUUUCUAUAACUAAUGAUAUGUAUGCUUCAAAUUGAUUUUUUUUCCAUAUUUUGGUGGAUCGUUGUUACAGUUUCAUUAUGUUUUGUUAUAAAGUUUAUAUUGCAAACUAUUGCUUCAUUUUGCCACAUCUUGAUCAAUUAUUUCACUAUUUGCAUGAAAUGCAUACGUGUUUGGGGAUAGCAAUCGGAGCACCUUGGCCAUUUUCCAUUGAAGACAAUAUCUACUGUUUGCCAGUAAAAGUAGUUCGUAAAAUAUUUUGUGUAAAUGUUUUGUAUUGACGUUAUAUUUGUAAUACUAAGUUCAAAUGAUUUCCCAGUGAAGUUUAUUUUGGAUAGAUAAUAAAAGUUCUUAAGAGGAAAUAAGUUUUUAAUUGAAAUUACAACGCGUUCUAAUUGCGGCGUUGUAAGCUUUCCAUUACCCAUUUACACCUGCUGCUUUCAAUGGAAAAUGGUCGAGGUAUUCCAAUUGUGGGGAAGAAAGAUAGUAACUUAUACGAGUUUCAGCCAUGAUCUACAUGCUUAUAUUGUUGAACUGCCUUUUAUUAUCAUUACCAACGUCAAGUUGAUGAGACAGAUCCCUAUUUGAGAAUAUAUUGCUUAUUUAUUUCCAUAGCAACAACUUAUAUAUUUAUUUUUAUUAUUGUUUUCUUAAAUUUCGGCAAAGGUCAAUGACUAUUAUACUUCUUAAAAAGGUUUUGCAUUUUUUAGCUUUUGGACAGCUUGGUGUUUCUUAAGUGAAAUAAUUUGUAUUCUUUGCGAAGAAGUAAAAAAAAUCCUUUGAGCAAAACAUUCUUAAUAUGCGUGUUCAAAUAUCCUUAAAAGGCGUUUUAAAUGUCACGUCAUCCUUGUGUUGUUUGUGUUGGUUUCUCAAAAUAAAUUUCUAAACAGUU